AUGCCUUCGCAGCCUCCGAACUUUCAGCCUUCUUUUGAGGCAAUCUUCCUCCGGCGAACGGUAGCAGACGUCCGAGAAGCUGGACUGCGACACCUCGGCCAGAUCUUCAACGACUGGUCGCAGGAGCCCAGGCAUCAAAAGGGCCGCCGCCUGCGCCGCUGCCUCCCAAUAGACGAGGCCGAGGCCUACGCAGAGCGAGCUCUGAAACGGGCGGAGGCCAGGGAGGCCAGACGGUCCGCACGGGCAGAGGGCCACGCCGAGCGCCUUCGUCGCCUAAGUGCCCGGGCAGAGGCGGCACUGCGAUGCGUUGCUGUGGCGGCCCAGGCGUCCAUGCGCGCCUGCAAAGGCAUGGGACGGCGAACGGACCUGGACCGCUGGAAAGAAGGUGCGCCGCCUCCUCGCCGGACGCAGGUGCUUUCUCCUGUGAAGAGAGCUAGGGCUCGAGCAGAGCUCAGUCUCACUCAGGGUCCGAUCACUGGGGCGAGCACGACCCGAAGCUGUUCCACACUCUAA